AUGGGUGAAAGGACGGACGACAGUGAUGUAGUGGUCACAAUAGGAGUUUGUGCAAUGGCAAAGAAAGCGAUGUCAAAACCAAUGAAGGAAAUUUUGAGAAGAAUGGACAAGUUCCAGCACAUUAAGAUAAUAAUAUUUGACGAGAAAAUGAUAUUAGAUUCACCAAUAGAAUCAUGGCCCAUCUGUGAUGCACUGGUCAGUUUUUAUUCUGAAGGAUUUCCUCUCAAAAAAGCUAUUGCUUAUUCGAAACUCCGGAAGCCUUACCUUGUCAAUGAUCUUGAGUCCCAAUACAUUUUAAUGGAUAGAAGAAGGGUUUAUGAGUGCUUGACGAGAGAAGGUGUUCCAGUUCCGAGAUACGCAUUUGUUGAUAGGACAUCAGAAAACCCAGUGAAAGUUGUUGA